UGCCUCUUCCUUUGCUCCUGCUCACCUGACGCUUGACCUGGCUGAUUUAAACCAGGGUUGGUGGAGGGCCGAGUAGCAAAGAUAUUGAAUUCCCGUGGAUUUCAUGGAAGUGGUCGCAGAGGGGAGGAAAGGCUGAACCGGUGGGAAGGCUCUAGCCUGGUUUUUGACACUUAGCUGUCCCUGGCAAAUGUGACUGCAAGACACUGAGUGUGACCCUGGUGCCGUCACUCCAUGUGUCUGUGGGUUGGUUCAUCUUGGAAAUUGGUGCUGAAAAACCAGCAAGACUGAGUGCUUUACUGGUUUUGCUUCCUUAGGGCAAGUUGGACUUUUGCUCAGGGCAAACAGAGGUGACUGCGUGUGUGGGGUGGUGAGGGAGGUCAGGUCUGCUGGGCUCUUAUCUGCAAUGUUGGGAAGUUUGAUGGAUAACGAGAAAAAGCCACAGGAACGGAAGAGUCGGAGCACAGCGUUCCAGCUGGCCAAGUGACAUACCAGUUGCCCAUCUUAGUCCUGUUCUGGUGGUGGUGAAAAGCUUUAAGUGAACAAACUGUUUUGGGGAAGGAGUUUGCAUAUGGAGAUAUUUGAUGAUUUCUACAGUUUUGGCUAGGUGAGGACUAGAGGAUGAUCCUACUCAAGAAACUUCAUGCAGGUAAAUGUGCUCAGUGUUGGAUGUGAAUUUGAUUUUUUUUGAAUGUGGACUCUGAUAGCUGGUGGUGUCCCUGCACCUCUUGGGCACACAACCCUCUACCAAAGCAGCCUGGACAUUGGAUUGAAAAACACCGUCGUAGGGACAAAGUCCCAUGGAGGACCAGAAGGUACGGAGAGGAGGAUGCUGAAGUCUUCAAGCCCCUUCAAAGCCUGGCUGUCGAGCCAAACCUACACCUGCAAAACUAUCCUCCAGGCAUCCACGAGCAGACAAGCAGUGGUAGCUUCAGUGUCCUAUUUUUCCACGUCCUGGCUAAGGCUUUGUGCAGGUGGGAAGCAUGGAGCGCUUUUCCUGCCAAAGGGCAAGGCACACAUGCUCCUGCCACCGCGCUCGCGAGGGGGACUGUGUCUUGUGCAAAUCCAGGAGCAAACUUUCAGCCCUUCGAAGGGCGAAGGCGGUGAGGUCAGGAAAUGCCAAAGCAGAGCUUCUCUCCUGAUGCUAACGCUGCGGCGUGUUGCUGCUUGCAUUUAUGCAUCAGAAAGUUCCCAGAGGAAGACUUUUUCUUAUCCCCCAAAUGCCAAAGCCAGCCUGGUUUGAUUUAAGCGUGCGUGGUAGCGUACAGCCUGCUGCUGUCUUUGCGCUAUCGGAGCGAUAGGCUCUUCCCUGAACGAGUUGUUGGGCUGGUCCGUGCCAAGUCUCAACCGCAGGAGGAACUCUACUGGUAGAACUUGCUCCUUGGAGUCAGCACCGGGUCUGCCUGGACCAGCCCCCCACCGCAGGCUGCGGGGCAUGAGCAUUGAGACAGGACCAAAGUUUCCCUUUGCCAUGAUAGCAAUGCUGGGAGUAUUUGCUGCCCAGUUGGUGUCUCUCACUCUUCAUUUUGGAUUUUCUCCCGGCAUGCCUGUCCUUGGGAACUGCACAGGGUUUCUCUGGUCCAGUGGUGGGAGCUUGCGAAUGGCCCAUGCGAGCAUCUUGGCUGCUUUCACGAGCUCCAGCUGCUGCGACAGCUCUUCCAGCAGGUCCACAGCUCCUCUAGGCACAGAAGAAUAAGGCAGGAUGGAUGUGUAUGACCCUCAGACGCUGGGUGUUAUGGUCUUUGGAGGUUUUAUGGUGAUAUCAGCCAUCGGGAUCUUCCUGGUGUCCACCUUCUCCAUGAAGGAGACAUCUUAUGAGGAAGCCUUGGCCAAGCAACGCAAAGAGCUUGAGAAGACCCAGCAGCAGAAAAUAGAGAAAAAGAAGAAAGAGAAACCCGUUGAGAAGAAAGGAAAAGCAAAGAAAAAGGAAGAGAAACCUAAUGGUAAGAUCCCAGAGCAGCAGCUGACCCAGGAAGUGACGGACUCUUCCAAGGAUGUGGUUCUUGAGCCUGCUGUGGUGCCUGAGCCUGUAACUGUUGAGCCUCCAAUCGCAGCGGUGUCAGUGGCUCCCCAGGAAAAGGAGAAACCUGCUCCGUCACCUAAGGAGAAGAGGAAGAAGGAGAAGAAGGUGGCAAAGGUAGAGCCUGCUCCUAGCCCAGUGUUUGCUUCGCCUCCUGUCAGUGUCCCCAAAAGUUCUCCCGUCUUGGAGGUGACCCCUAAGGAGGUGCCUGUUGUUGCUGUGCCACCGGUUGGCACACAGCAAAGUGCUCCAGUCAUCAGCUCUGUCAAGAAAACCGAUGCUCUUCCAACUCAUGAGGAGCAGAAACAUGAUGGACCUGUCAAGAAGAAGGCUGCAUCCAAGAAGAAGAGCGAGCCAGCACCCACGGACUCGGACGGGCCCCUCUACCUGCCCUACAAGACACUCGUGUCCACUGUCAGCAGCAUGGUGUUCAGUGAGGGGGAGGCCCAGCAGCUCAUCGAGAUCCUGACGGAGAAAGCGGGCAUCGUCCAGGACACUUGGCACACGGCCACGCAGAAGGGUGAUCCAGUCGCUGUCCUUAAACGCCAGCUGGAAGAGAAGGAGAAGCAGCUCGCCACCGAGCAGGAGGAUGCGGCCGCUGCCAGAAACAAGCUGCGGGAGCUGAGCAAGGAACUGGCGGCCGAGCGGGCCAAGGCAGCGGCUGUGGAGGGCAAGCUGAAGGAGCAGCUGGUUGCCCGAGAGCGGGACAUUGUGGCGGUGCAGGCACGCAUGCAGGCCAGCUACCAGGACCAUGUCAGCGAAACGCAGCAGCUCCAGGGCAAGAUCCGGACCCUGCAGGAGCAGCUGGAGAAUGGCCCCAACACGCAGCUGGCUCGCCUGCAGCAGGAGAACUCCAUCCUGAGGGACGCCCUCAACCAGGCCACCAGCCAGACGGAGAGCAAGCAAAACGCUGAGCUGGCCAAGCUACGGCAGGAGUGUAACAAGCUGGUGAAAGAGCUGUCUGAGAAAUCGGAGGUGCUGCAGCAAGAGGAGCAGCAGAAGAAGAGCUGGGAGAUCAAAGCAGCAGCCUCGGAGAAGCAGAUUGAGCAGCUGCAGGCUUCCCAAAGGGAGGUGGAGGCGACGCUGCAGAAGAGGCUGGACGAAGUAAGCGACGAGCUCCGCAAAACCCAGACCAGCUACAAAAGCUUGUUAGCAGAGGCAGAAAAGGCCAAAGGACAGCAGCAAAGCAUUGCUGAACUGCAGGCCAAGCUGCUGAGCUCCGAAGCAGAGGUUAAAAGCAAAUUGCUGGAGCUGGACAGCGUGAAGGGGAAACUGCAGGAUGCGAGCUCAGAGAAUACAAAGCUCCUGGAGAGGAUCAAAUCCAUCGAAGCUCUGCUGGAGGCAGGCCAGAUGAGGGAGGCAGAAAAAGACAGAGACUUGCAGGCAGCCAAUGAAGCAGAAAUGAAGCAGCUGCGGUCAAGGCUCCAGGAGAAGACGGACCAGCUGUCCUCCUUGGAAAGGGAAGCCACAGAGCUGCGAGAGGCAGUGGAGCAACAGAAGACAAAAAACAACGACCUUCGUGAGAAGAACUGGAAAGCCAUGGAAGCGUUGACCACGGUGGAGAAGGCAUGUGAGGAAAAACUACUUGCUGCUACAAAAGCAAAGGAAGAGAUGGCCCAACAGCUGGACACGCUGCAGACGCAAACCAAGCAGAUGCUGCUCUCUGCCCUCCCCGGAGUCACCGUGUCCUCACAGCAGGAUUAUGACACGUGGCUACAAGAGUUUAAGGAGAAGACCGUGGAUAUGCUAAAGCAGCAGACAGUUACAACAGAGACCCCGGAUUCAGCACUUAAAUUAAAAGAGGCAGAGGAAGCGCAAAGCACUUUACAAGCAGAAUGUGAGCAAUACAGAGCUAUCCUUGCAGAGACGGAAGGAAUGCUGCGAGACCUGCAGAAGAGUGUGGAGGAGGAGGAGCAGGUGUGGAAAGCAAAGCUCACGGCGUCUGAAGAGGAACUCCAGAAGUCACAAGUCCAGCUGAAAUCUCUUGAAGACAUGGUGGAGAAAUUGAAAGCAGAUCUGCAGAGCACAGAUCAGCUAAAGGAAUACACCUCUCUUCUGGAAACACAACUGGAAAAUCACUUGGAGACAGCCAGCUCCGAACGUCAAAACUACACAAAAGAAGUUGAAGUCUUGAGGCAGCUCUUGUCAGAGUCCCAGGAGCAGCUGGAGGCAGCAAAGUCAGAAACGCAGAAGCAGAGCAAGGAGCUGGCCCUGGUCAGGCAGCAGUUGAGUGAGAUGAAGAGCCAUGUACAGGAUGGAGAAGUAGUGGGGUUACAAGCUGACCCAAGCGAGCCUGCGCCUCUCGAGUUGAAAACCCAGCUGGAGCAAAACGAAACGCUGGUGGAGAAGGAGCAAGUGCUGCGGCAAAAGCUGGCACUGGAGCUGGAGGAGGCCCAGCGCUCAGCGUGCAGUUUGCAAGCAGAGCUGGAAAAGCUGAGACUGGCUGAAAACGCAGCAGCUUCAGGCACAGAAGAGGCCCAGCAUCUCAAGGAAAGACUUGAAAAAGAAAAAAAAUUAACAAAGGACCUGGGCCAAGCAGCAACCAAACUACAGGAGCUACUGAAGGUUACCCAGGACCAACUGGCCAAAGAGAGAGAAACGGUGAAGAAGUUGAAAGAACAGCUUCAGGAAACGGGGGAAGAGGACAGUUCAAAGGAAGGGACUUCAGUUUGACAAGUCUGUGACCUAGACCUUACUGUUCAACUUACCAAAAUGCCUUACACAUUCCUAAAAAUGAAAAUAUAUGCUGAAUUUACUGUAGAUAAAAGAUACAAGCCAUUAGUGACCCAAAACCUAGUUUUGAAACUUAAAAAAAAUAUAUAUAUAUACAAAAAAAACCCCAACCAGUAAACACUGCAGGUGUACGUUUUUAAGAAAAUCUUCAUACUGUUUUGUACAACCGUUCAUUCCCCAGGAAGCCACUCCGGCUGCGUCGGGGCUUCACCCUUCUGUCACGGCAGAACCCACGAAUGUGUGAAAAGGGAAGACUGUGUUUGUACAUCAACCGGUGCAAUUAUUAUUAUAUUUUUUCUUUUUUUUUUUUUUUGAGUGAAAGAAGUGUGAAAGUAAGACCCACCAUGGAAGGAAGCCUCUCUUUGAUGGGUGGCUCUUGGCACGUAUCCUUUCCUUUUGUGUAUUUCUGGGUGUCGAUGCAAUUAAAAUGAUGUAGUGAAAAGAGCUUGUUCUUGCUUU